CGCGCGCACUCACUUCCUUCACAGCUUCUUUUUAGUCUGACUGUUGAUAGCGGCUUCUGCUUCCACACGUGCAAUCUCUCUUAUGUGAAUCUCUCUCUUUGGGGUUCGAUUAUAAGCUCAUCCUGCUCCGUCAGACAAGGUGUAAAGCCAUAGAAACCAACAACCAUGGGGGCUUAUCUGUCGCAACCUAACACGACCAAGACCUCUUCCGAUGGCGGCAACAGCAGGAUGAGUUACGGUUUCUCUGCCAUGCAGGGCUGGCGCGUCUCCAUGGAGGAUGCUCACAACUGUAUCCCAGAGUUUGAUGAGGAGACCGCCAUGUUUGCUGUAUAUGAUGGACAUGGAGGUGAAGAAGUGGCUCUGUACUGUUCAAAGUACCUUCCUGACAUAAUCAAGGAGCAGAAGACCUACAAAGAUGGAAAACUGCAAAAGGCUCUGGAGGAUGCCUUCUUGGCAAUUGACGGCAGAAUUACUACAGAAGAAGUCAUCAAGGAGCUUGUCCAGAUCGCUGGACGUCCAGUUGAAGAGCCGCCCGUUGAAAAGGUGGCAGAGGAGGAUGAUUUGGAGACAGAAGAGGCAGCUUUGCUCCACGAGGAAGCCACCAUGACCAUAGAAGAGUUGCUGGUUCGUUAUGGACAGAACCUAAAUGCUGUCAAGCACUCAGCGGCUAUCAGUGCAGCUGCUAAAAAAUCAUCCAGCUCAUCAGCUGGGGGCUCAGAAGACAAAGAUGAAGCUGGGAAAGUGCAGAAAAAGGACGGGUUAAAUGGAGAGGUGGAGGAGGAGACUAAUGGGAAGGUGAAGGAGGGUGAAGGAGCAGCGUGCGGGUCUAAGAUGAGGGCCUGUCGGAGAGCAGCAGGAGCUGCCUGUGGAGGGUCAGGGAGUUCAAAUGGGGGAGAAAAGGCUGGCAAGGCUGAAGGAGAUGCAGGUCCCUCCUGCUCCUCUUUGUCCUCAAAGGCUGCAGGAGACUCCAAGUCCAGAUUCUUUGAUGACAGUGAGGAGUCUGAGGAAGGAGAGGAGGAGGGUAGCGAUGAAGAAGAUGGCAGCGAAGAAGAGGACGGGGACAGCAGUGAGCUGGAAGAGGAGGAGGACACAGAAGAGGGAGAGGAAGACUCUGAAGAUGAAGAAGAGGAGGAGGAAAUGUGCCUACCAGGAAUGGAUGGCAAAGAGGAGCCUGGCUCAGACAGUGGCACCACAGCUGUGGUUGCUCUCAUUCGAGGGAAACAGCUGAUUGUGGCCAAUGCUGGAGACUCUCGCUGCGUGGUGUCUGAGCGUGGUAAAGCUGUUGACAUGUCAUACGACCACAAACCGGAGGAUGAGGUGGAACUGGCUCGCAUCAAAAAUGCUGGAGGGAAGGUAACCAUGGAUGGACGGGUCAAUGGUGGACUGAACCUCUCCAGAGCUAUUGGUGACCACUUCUAUAAGAGGAACAAAGCUCUGCCUCCAGAGGAGCAGAUGAUCUCUGCAAUGCCAGACGUCAAAGUUUUAACACUCAAUGAGGACCACGACUUCAUGGUCAUCGCCUGCGAUGGCAUCUGGAAUGUGUUAAGCAGUCAAGAGGUGGUGGACUUCAUCAGUGAGAGGAUCAAACCAGACCAGAGUGGCAAAGUCAGAGCCCUCUCAUCCAUAGUGGAAGAGCUGCUGGAGCACUGUUUGGCUCCUGACACAUCUGGAGAUGGGACAGGAUGUGACAAUAUGACCUGCGUCCUCAUCACCCUCCGGCCACACCCCUCUGUUGUUAACUCUGAAGACACAAAGAAGAGGAAGCAUUCAGAAGAGGCAGAAGGGAUCGAGCCCGAGGAAAACGGGAAUGACAGCAAAAAGGCUAAAAGUGACUAAAUACAGAAAGAAACUGUCCAUAAGAGCAGCUGGUUCCUGGCUACCAAUGAUACACCAGAGACACAUUCUUCUCAAUUAAAUCCUGACCUCACAAACAAAACAACAGCCCACCCAAAUUCAGAAAUGACAAGCUCUAAGUUUGGCUGAAGUAAGAUCAUCAGUGUAGUUUUUGCUCUCUGGCCAUGGCGGACUCUUGAUUUAAGCUCCAACACUAGUUCAUUUUGUUUGUUCUUGUUGGAAAGACGUUGGACACGCUUGUGCUGCUUCAAUUAAGGAGAGGCAGGCUCACUAGCAUGCCGAUAGCACCUCAUUAACGAUGUGUAUAAAGCAAGAUACUGGACAAGUCAGUCUGCAGAGAUCAGUGUGUAUUUAUAUUUUAUACACAUCUUUAUCAGAUGUAUGUUUUAAUCUGUUAUGGUCAAAAUCUGUUCCCACAUGACUUGUUUAAUUUUUUUCAAAAUUGAGGUUUGAGGAUUGGUCUUAAAAUGACGUUUCUGAUUUGCUGUCAGCAUCCGCAAUAUUAUAUUGACAACCGCAAAAUUAAAAAGAGGCUACAUUUCCAUUGCCUGCACAAAAGCUCUGUGUAUAGAAUUCAAACAUCCAGCCUUCAUUGUGUGUCUUUUAGAUCCAUAAGACCACAAAUUCCUUUUGAAGGCACAGUUUCACACCCCCAGUGAAAUGAAUCCAUCAGGGGGACCAAAAAUGUCUGCAGAUAAAAAGAAAAUGCUUUAAAGCUUAAACUACGAUGGAUUGAAAGAAUAUUAAUGUCAUUUGAAGCCCAAACCUCUAUUUGUAAUGCAGUGAGAAUGUUGCAGAUCCAGACAUUUUAGAUUUCUCUCUGGCAUUCCACCAUGAGUUUAUAUCAGGUCAGUUUCUGUGGCUUUAGCAAGAAGAGCUUCAGGAUUUGCAUCACUUGACCAUUUGUUUUUUUUUUUACCCCCCAUUGACACCUAUUUACAAGUGAGGAUGCUUUUUCAGUCUUUCUGAUCACCAUUAUCCAAGCUCUUUUCAUUUCUGGUUUGUGUCUCAUCUUGAUCUGUGUGUGUAAAUUUCCAAAAGAGAGAAGUGAGCUAGCACGGUUUCAGCUGGAAAAUGUGACAGCAGGGAAACAUGUAGAGAGGUGAUGUGAAAGCCCUGGACUAACCCUCCACACACAGCUUGUCUAGGGCUCUAAAACCUCCUCUCCUCCACCUGUCCUUUUUUUCCCCAUUGUAACACCUUUUUAAGAUCAACUAUAGGACACGUUUUAAGUCAAAGUAUUUCCACUCAAUAGUUUAUUUUUCCAUUUCUGAUGAGUAUGUUUUCUUGCAGUUUUUAUAGAAGUCCUUUUGGUGAGCACACUCUAUAAAACACCCUGCUGUUGGACCGUGGAGGGGAUGCACAAUCUUAUUUUUUGUUGAGUGGAAAUGCGAUUAAAAGAUCAGAGCACCAAGACAGUGUAACUGUGUAGAAGGUUUCUAUAUUUCCUUUCUUUAUUUACAGAAGCCUCAUUUAAACUACAUUAUGUGACUGUAAGUUUGUUUCUACUGUACUAUUUCGUCACCAUGCCCUUUUUCUGUACAUAGUUUUUCAAUACUUGUAAUUUGAACAAAAAAGAUUUUUUUUCUUUGUAUUUGUGAGUCAACGUGACAUUUUUGGUGCAUACUCUUGACACCAGUAUGUAAGUACAUACAAAUACAUUUUUUUUAAAUAA